AAAUGGAAAGUCUAAGGAAGAAUUAUAUUUUAAAAAACGUGAUCAAUUUUAGCAGCUGAAUCAAUUAUGUAAUUGCUAAAAAAUUGAAAUGUCAACACUGAACUUAUUACUUCGGCUGCACUGAAAAUGAGAGAAAAAUAAAUUACCGAAUCUGAAAUAUUAAUAAAAAAAAUAGUUUUAAAAAAUGAAUUAAAGUAAGUAUAUAAAUACGAGGUCUGUUCAAAAAAUACGCGGACUGUUUGAAUUGCGCGGCCCCAGUUGGUUCCAGGGGAAUCUGCUUGGUGUCGCUAGGUUUGUACAGAUCGUCUGGUGAUAAAGCCGUUUCCCGAUUACAGAUAUCUUGAUUUGUUGAUUAGCUAUGCGGUUUUAGUGAAGUGCGAGUUUUUCGUUUGUCGAAUUUCAGAAUGAAUGACCUGAUAGAGCAACGACUUGCUGUGAAAUUUUGUGUUAAACUUGGAAAAUCUGCAACUGAAACAUUUGCUAUGCUCAACACGGCUUACGGUGGUGUUGCCAUGAAGUGUACGGCAUGUUUCAAGCGGUCUCCCAGACCCAAAAAAGCUUGCCGAGUUCGAUCCAAUGUCAAGGUGAUGCUGACAGUUUACUUUGAUGCUAAGGGUGAUGUUCACCACGAGUACCUCCCCCAAGGCUACACAGUGAACCAGACUUACUACAUUAAAGUUCUGAAACGUCUGAGGAACGCCAUUUAUUGCAAAAAUCUAGAAAUGUGGAAGAGUGGCGACUGGUUUCUCCAUCACGACAAUGCUCCAGCCCAUUCAGCCCUCAGAACUUGUGAGUUUUUGGCCAAACACUCGAUCACUGUUCUUCCUCACCCCUCCUAUACACUUGACCUUGCUAAUUGUGACUUUUUCUUGUUCCCCAAAAUCAAAAAACCCUUGAAAGGAAGAAGAUUUAAGACGAUUCCAGAGAUCAAAGCAAAUGCGACGAAGGCGUUGAAGGACAUUACAAAAGAAACGUACCAGGACUGUUUCAACAAGUGGAAACACCGUUGGGAUAAGUGUUGCAUUAGGAAGGAGAGUACUUUGAAGGGGACCCAGACAUGUACCUUCUACAUAAAGUACAUUUUGUUUUAUGACGUUUCGUUUUUUACCUUACAUCCGGGUAUGAUAAUUCUGGAUGUUAUCCUCAUUUGGCUUUUUCCCAUAAUAAUCAAAGGAACAAAGCGAUUUUUAAAAGAAGAAGAUUUAUUCGAAACUUCCAAAUAUCAUACUUCAGAGUAUCUUGGAAAUAUUCUUCAGAAUUGGCUUUUUCCCAUAAUAAUCAAAGGAACAAAGCGAUUUUUAAAAGAAGAAGAUUUAUUCGAAACUUCCAAAUAUCAUACUUCAGAGUAUCUUGGAAAUAUUCUUCAGAAUUGGCUUUUUCCCAUAAUAAUCAAAGGAACAAAGCGAUUUUUAAAAGAAGAAGAUUUAUUCGAAACUUCCAAAUAUCAUACUUCAGAGUAUCUUGGAAAUAUUCUUCAGAAGCAAAAGAAAUAA